AUGGCACAAAAACAGUGUGCGAGUCAACAAACAGCAAAUACACACUUUGUACAAUUGGUGACAGACAGCGAGUUGGAUUUGUCAGACCAUAAAGUCUAUCUUAUACCUGCAGUGAUGAGUGGGUCAGAAAUGAGCAAUAGCAAAAUCAAAUAUGUGGCUUACCCAGCCGAGCGAACACUGAGAGACAAGUCUGGAAAAUGUCGAGCCGUAUUUGAUGGGAUAUAUCCACCGUCAGUGAAAAAUCUUAGGGAAAUAAUGAAAAGAGAGCAUCAUCAGCGUGUUGAAGAACAAAAAAUCAAAGAGAACAAACCUUUGAGUGCCCAGAGGGCAACAGGACCAAACACACUAGUUAUCCCUCAGGAUCUAGGGACUAGUCGGACAGAGGAACUGAGAGAAGAAGACAGCAUACCAGCAGACAAGAAAAUUAGCAGCGGACAGACUCACAGUGAGAAUCAGCCGAAGUUUGAGGAACCAAUAAGAGUACGCCCUGGUCCAGGCACACCCCCACAAAGAGAAUUUGAUCCUAAUGAUGUGAAGAAAUUGUCAGACAUAGUGAAUAUGAGAAAUGGCUUACCAAAGAAGGCAACGGCAGUGCGGCCCUACGUGCCAACAUCAGUCAAAGAGACAGAGACAAGGCAGUGA